AUGGACGAUCCUACCGUGCAACAAAUCGAGGUGGUGCUCGCAGGGGAAGAAACCCUUCAAGAGUAUAGGGAUAGUUGCCAACCGGCUCUGAACGAGAUAUUGGCUAACCCAAUUGUGACUGUAACUUGCACGGGAAGCUCAGAGGAAUUGGAAAACUUGAAAAUGCAGAUGUUUGAAGAUGAGAGCCAAUGGUCUAUCAAGACGAACAGGUACAAGGAAUCUUGGGCUGCGAAUAUAACGCGAUUUCUUUGGACUCACAUUGAUACGAUCCAUUCGUAUAUCGAUCGAUACACGGAGCUGAAGGAGAAUGGUUCCCCCACGAAUGCUAAUGAUAAGACUUUGCAAGACCUGCAAACAGAUAUGGAAAAGAGUGAACACGCCUUCGCAUUCAAGAAGGGGAUGAUCCAGGAGUUUUCCGAGAUUACCAAAUUUCUACGAUACAUGAGAACAACGCCUCACCAGCAGCUCAAUCUCAAACGGGCUCUUGAAGAACUCGAGUGGGCCAGAAGUGAACUUUCGCGAUUGGAAAACGAGUCAGGCGGGAUGGAAGUGCUCGCUGAGAAUAUGGACAAGGCGAGCAUGACUUAG